CACGGUGACAUGGCGGAACCAAGAAACUGAAACUGACGUCUACAACACGCGUUGUUAUCCUUUGCUCUCAUCUCUGCUACGCCAUUCAAAAGCCAGGAGCUCCGGCGAAUGCUAAAUUUAACCAACGCCUGACCAGCAAUGCUCUCCCUCAUUGCCAAACCAGUUCCAUUUUUCUCAGAAUCAUGGAGAACGAAGAGGCGUUUCACGGCAUUAGCCGACAACUUCCCUUCGUUUUUGCCCGAACAAGUAGAGAGAAUUAAAGACCCUUUUGCAAGAAAGCUUGCCACAAGAAUUGAGAGGCUUCCUGUACAUGUCAGCUUCUCAGAAAGCAGUAUCAUGAGCAGCUGUGUGAAGCCAUCUGUACAGAGCAACACAAGUCCAGUUGUUCUGCUUCAUGGCUUUGACAGUUCCUGUUUAGAAUGGAGAUACACAUAUCCACUUCUUGAGGAGGCUGGUCUGGAGACUUGGGCUUUUGACAUUCUUGGUUGGGGAUUUUCUGACUUGGAAAGACUUCCACCAUGUGAUGUGGCAUCUAAGCGUGAGCAUUUUUAUCAGUUUUGGAAGUCGUACAUUAGAAGCCCCAUGAUCUUGGUUGGACCCAGCCUUGGUGCUGCAGUUGCAAUAGACUUUGCAGUUAAUCAUCCAGAAGCUGUGCAAAGUCUGGUUCUUAUUGAUGCAAGUGUUUAUGCAGAAGGCACGGGAAACCUAGCAAAGUUACCGAAAACUGCAGCUUAUGCCGGGGUGUAUAUAUUGAAGAGUAUCCCACUCCGCUUGUAUGCAAAUUUUUUGUGCUUCAAAAAUAUUUCUUUAGAUACAAGCUUGGACUGGACAAAUGUGGGCCGCUUGCACUGUCUAUAUCCUUGGUGGGAUGAUGCCAUUGUAGAUUUUAUGACCACUGGUGGCUAUAGUGUCACUGCUCAAAUAGAACAGGUUUGUGCAUUAUUAUUUUUCUGUUUAUUUAAAUAUCAUCUUGGCAGCCAUCAAUUUGCAUGUAACAUAUUAUCAGUGCUUGUACUAAUCCACUAAAUGUUUAUCAGAGGCAUAAGGCAGUAGUAAGUAGUUAGCUGUUAAGAGCUAGCCCAAAUGGAGGUGAAAACAAUGAAUAUUUGAAUUAUUUGUCGGCCUUUUAUUUUGUCUGCUGUUAUGAUUUUCAAUACUAAAGAAUAUUUUCUGUUAUUUUAGGCAGUACUAGAAUACGAUGAUAACAGCUAUAAAAGUUAAAAAUAUAUACUAGAAGGGCAUCAGUCUAUGCAGGUGUAGGUUGUAACCUGCAGAAAAUAUAAAAAAGGAAUAUUUUUAUCAGCUAUUCCCUUACUUUUAUUCUCCCUAUUCUCUCUGUCUCCUCGUUUCUCUUCUUCUUCUUCUUCUUCAACUUCUCUCCUAAGUUACCUUCUCAUUCUGAUUUUCCCUCUCAAACUAACUGCGCAUGUUUAAGGUUCCUAACAAAAUUUGUAUCAGAGCUAAAGGAACCUGCAGAGAUCAUUUCGUCCACAGGUCAGAUGGCCAAAACAAGGGAAAGUCCACCAUAACUGAUGCCUCAGGAUUGCUCAGAUGGAGGACUCACUCCAUGGCAUGGAGCAGAGAAUCAAGAACUUCAUGAGUGAAAUCUAUUAGUCCAUGGAUGCCAAGCUUAAGGCUAAGCUAGGUGCCAAGUAGGUUGCAAACAAUGGCCAACUAUAGCUCAUUGUAGCUGACACAAUUAGCUCCAUGAUGGCCACCCCUAAGCUCCACUUGCCGGAGUUUGAUACCAAUCCCCCCUCCAAACCAACAAACACCUCAAGCUCUAACCUUUUCCUACUCCCAGGUGUCCCAAGGCCUCUUACCCACUCCAGGAGUAAAAGAAAAAAGAGGGAACCACUUCCCAACUUCCUUGUCCAAUUCCUUGGGGGUAAACACAGCAAGGAUCAACAUUCUAUGUUUGAAGGAAGUAACCCUAGGGUUUGAGUGAGAAAAUGCAAGAAGGAUCUCCCAGGUCUAUGGAGUUUCCAGUGAUCGGAAAAUGGAGGAAGUCACCCUGUUUUCUGCAGGGAAAGCAGAUACUCGGUUUCAAGGGUGGUGAGCACAGCAUGAGACAUGAAUUGGAAGGUCUUUGAAGAAGAACUUUGUAGGAAAUUCAGAGACCUCAUAGUAGUUGAUAGUGGAUGAGUUCAACAAACUGAAGCAAGAGAAUUCCUUGAUGGAGUACCAAGAGAGGUUUGAAGAGCUAAGGCCAAUAAUGUUAAGAGAAAAUCCUCACUUCAAUGAAUAUUACUUCAUAUCUUACUUCAUUAGUGGCCUAAACGAAGAGCUAAAACCCAUGAUCAAGCUUUUUAAACCACAAAAUCUAAAUAUGGCAUAAGAACAAGCUCAACUCCAAUCUCAGCAUAUUGAUGCCAUAUUAUGUUGCCAAAAGAACAACCCUCCUGCUGUCAGCACCAAGCCACCCUAUAAUGACCAAACACUGCACAAGGAACCAACCAGUCCCCUGCCACCAAUAAGUUCCAAAAUCAGACCAGUGAUGGUGGGUUCAUUGACAGCAAGAGACCACCAAAUCCUUGCUAUAGAUGCAGCAAGCCCUACUUUCCAGGCCACCAGUGUAAAAGCAAACAACUAUAGAUGAUGGAGAUAAUGGAGAAUUAGGAAGAAGAGAUUAAAACAGAAGAAGAAAAUGCAAGGGACGAUUACCAAACUUAAACCUUGAGGACAAGGUUUUUCGAAGGAAAGAGAAAUGUUAAGGACUAGGCCAAAUGGAGGGGAGAGUAAUGAUUAUUUGACUUAUUUGUCUGUUUUUUAUUUCGUUUACUGUCAUGAUUUUCUGUUAUUUAGGACAGUACUAAGAUAUGAUGAUGACAAUUGUAGAAGUUAGGAACCUGCUAGAAGGGCAUCAGCCUAUAUAUAUAUGAGUUAAAACUUGCAGAGGAUAUGAAAGAAUAUUAGUAUCCGCUAUUUCUUCCUUUUAUUCUCUCUAUUCUCUCUUAUCUCCUUAUUUCUCUUCUUCUUCUUUUUCAACUUCUCCUUUAAGUUACUGUGUAACGACCCCGAAAAUUUUCAAAGGAAACAAAUUAUAAAUUUAGUGCAAAAACGAAAUAAAUAUUUAUAGUUUAUAUUUCUUAUACAAUAACUGAAAGUAUUAAAUAGGGAUUACGAGAAUAACCUUUUUAUAAGAACAACUAAUAACCAAGAAAAUAAAUUAAAAGUAAAUAAUUGAACAUUCUACUUGCAUUUCUCUUAUGGAUCGGGUUCUGAAUCCUGAUCUUUUUGAUAUGAAAUGGUUAAUAAAAGAAUGAACUAUACUAACCCAGUAAUAAUAUCAUACUACUCACCGACGUAGAAAUAAAGG